AUGUCGUUUGGACCUAGCCAGCUCACCACCGCUGCUGAGCAACUCGACGCCAAGAUAGCUGAGCUCGAGGCAGUAAUCAGCAGCGCGACCAAUGAUGCCCAGGCCCGCGUGUCUCGCGACCUGAAGAAGGCCUGGGAGAGCGUCUACAACGCCCUCGGGUACUCGCCCAAUCCGCGCGGUCCUGGUGUGCAUGCACACAUGACCACGGCUCACAGUAGCAACCGGCCCUCGGCAACAGCUACCUUGGUAGCUUCGGCUAUGGGGGCUGGCCCACACAGCUACGCCUCUCCACCCAACGUCCCUCUGGAGCCCGAAGAGGCGCAGGCCCACUCUCCAGCACAUGCCGGGCCAACUGGGCUGAACAAGAUCGGCACGCGUAACGAAUGCAGCAAGUGCAAGAAGGCGGCCGCCGACGUCCUCUGGGUCUGCAUCAGCUGCGCCGACCAUCGCCUGUGCAACACGUGCAAGGACAGCACGGAGGUCAAGGGCACCCACCGCAUGGUGGCAUGGGCCAUUGACAAGAGCACCAUCGCCAAGGGCCACUACAUUGUGUGCGACGACUGCAGCAAGCCAGUCGUCGGGCUGAGAUGGAACUGCACCGAGUGCCCGUCGUUUGAUGUCUGCAAUGACUGCGCCAAGGGCACCACGCACGAGCAUAAGCUCAAGGCUCUGUACUAUGCUGAGACCGCAACGUUCCCGUACGGCUCGGUUGGCUACUCGUGCAACCUGUGCGGCAGCACUGCGGCGCCGCCUAUCUACUGCUGCCUCCACUGCAAGGAUUUCCAUGUGUGCAGCAAGUGUGUUGCCUCGGACAAGAUAUCUGAGCACGACCACGACUACGCAGCGCUGUGUAUUCCGGCCAAUGCCCUGGCUCCGACAAGCGCGCCCGAGCCAUCCAGGAAGGUGGCUGUGGAGGACACGCCGGCUGAUGACAAGCAGACUGUGGCCUCGACCAGCGAGACCUCACGUGCCAAUGACGGCAUCGCGUCUGUCGUGUGUGACGGAUGCGAGAGUUCAAUCACUGGGAUUCGUCACAAGUGCACCCGCUGCAAGAACUACGAUCUGUGCGACGGCUGCUACCGGAAUGUGACAAAGGUACACCCAGGUCAUGGCUUUAUCCAUUUCGGUCCGCCAGCACAUCCGCCGCACCACCACAAGCCGCACCACCACAAGCGUCAUGGCCACUAUGGGCCGCGCCCCUUCCAACACAGCCCCCAUGGCUUCCAUGAUCACACUCAUUUCCAUGCCGCUGCUGAACAUUGGCGCAUGAGGGACUCGUCCCGCAAGGCUUGUCAGGAGCAGCAGGAAGCGUGUCGGAAGCAUGCCAAGCACACCCCACAUGUGCCGCCGUUCCCAGGCAGACCCAGCCAUCAUCGUCACGACUUCCGUUGCCCACCCGGGCAGUCGCCUGGCUCUCUUGGCCUGCCGCCCCUGCCACCACCACCACCGCCGUGCCAGUUCAACCCUCCUGCGCAUCCGCCGCCGCCGCCGCCACCGCACCCGAUGCCUAAGUGGAACCAGCUGUUUGCUCCCAUUAGAGAUAACUGGGGCUUCGGCUGGGGCGGCCCUACACGCUGCCCACCCCCGCGGGUUACCCCAGUGAACUGCACGAUGCCACCGCUUCCGCCUAUGGCCGCAGACGGUACCUACGUCACCGACAAUGCUGAGGAGGCGCGUCGUCAUGGCCUGGCCAUCUCGAGCGAGGAGAAGCAGCAGCAGACCAACAUCACUCCCUCGGUCGAGCGUGGCAUGUCAACAGACUCUGCCAGCGUCCAGGUGGUGCACCCCGGUGUGCUCUGCGACUCGUGCGGCGACCUGGUGACUGGCGUGCGCUACAAGUGCGGCAACUGCAGUGACUUUGACCUGUGUGAGAAGUGCGAGGCCAAGACCAGCCACGACGAGUCGCACAUUUUUGUCAAGAUCCGCAACCCCUCCGUGGUACCCAGCCGUGUUCCGAUGCUGUCCCAGGUGUAUAGGCCGCUGAAGCUUCACGUUGACUCCCCCAGCAGGGCUGCUUUGGAGCGUGCGCCCUCUAUGCCAACUACCGCCAAGGAGGCUACCGCCAGGUGGAACGCUGCAUCUGCUGCUGCUGCUGCUGCCACUGCUGUCGCUGCCGUUAGUCUCAAGGGCACGUCAGCUGGUCAGACUGUCACCACGGUGGCCACUAGCGACCUCCCUGAAGACAAGGAGGGCAAGAAGGAGGGUGUUUCGUCCAAAGAGCCUGAGGCUGCUGCUACUGCAGUGGCACCGAGGAUCAGCGAGACCACAAAGUACGCCGCCCACUUUGUCGAGGAUGUGACGAUUCCCGACGGCACCACUGUUGGCGCUGGCGAGCCGUUCGUCAAGAUCUGGAGCGUGGCCAACAUGAGCGAGCACGAGUGGCCGCAGGGCACCAUGCUGGUCCACAUGGACGGCGAGCCCAUGAUCCCUGGCGGCAAGAAGGCUGUCGCGGUCAUUGUUGGCAAGUGCUACGAGCAGGUUGGCGUUGCUGUCGACCUCGUGGCACCCGAGAUGCCUGGCAAGUACAUCAGCAAGUGGCGCCUGAUGACGCCCACUGGCAAUUACUUUGGAUCUGGUCUGUGGUGCUCAAUCGUGGUGCCUGAGGUUGCCAGUGCUUCUCCUGCCGCCGACUUGAUCCCGCAGCUCGCGAUCUGCCCUCCCAAGAUCGAGUACGAGGGAGAAGGUGCCGAGGUUUCCAAUGCCUCUCCUGCUGCCGACUCGUUCCCGAGGCUUGCAAUCUGCCCUCCCAAGAUCGACUACAAGGGCAAGGAUGUCGAGGUUGCUUCUACGACCACGUCUGAGUCUGUAGCUGCAUCUGAGACUGCGUCCAAGUCUGCUUCUGAGACUGCAUCCAAGACUGCUUCUGAGGUCGUGUCCGAAACCACCUCUGGUAUCGUCUCUGUGGCUGCAGAUGCUGAUGAUGAUGAGGAUGCUGUUGUGAUUGACGUGGCCGCAGAGCCGGAGACCAAGGAUGAGCGCACUGUUCCUGAGGCACCCAAGAUCGCAUCGGCUGCCCCCUCCGAGCAGCUGUCCACCAGCGAGAGCAUCGCCAGCCUGACCAACACGUUCGUCCAGAUCAGUGCCGACCUGAUGAAGGAGAUCCAGCGUCUGGAUUCGUCAAUCAAGGAGAUUCAGGCCAAGCAGAACGCCAGCGACAAGCAGCCGUUCGACAUCACCUCUGCACCCAGCAUGUCGGAGACGCCGAUCAAAGGCUACCCCGCCGCCAGCCCCUCUCGUCCGUUCACGAACGUCGACCUGCUGACGUCGCCACCGUUCACUUUUGCGCCGUCCCACCCGUCGCUGCAGCCAUCGGCGCCGCCAAUGGCCGACUCUCCGGGCCACGCAAGCGCCCCCGAUGCGAUGUCCGAGCACUCGAGCGUCCGCGAGUUUUUGGCGUCGACGGACCGUCUGAACCGCCUGGUAAGCUCGACCCGCCAGUCUGAUCCAACGACACCGUUCUACGUGCCCUCGGGACCGCCGUCCGGCGGCAGUCCAUUCCACCCAUCGGCUAGUGACAACGGCCACGACGAGUUUGAGUUUGUCAACGACUUUACGCCAAACUUUGCCAAGCACCACCACCACUGA